AUGUACGGUGGAGAUCCUCAGCACCUUCAGCGACCGCCGCUGGGACCACCAUUACCUCCGCCGCCGCAACAACACCCAAAUGCUCAUCAAUUCCACCACCAACAGCAGCCGCAUGACUUCCCUCGCGGCCCGCACCUUCCACCCGGCCCACCACCGCCUCAGAUAAUGCGUCAGCCCUCGGCUUCCUCAACUACACUUAAUCCUCCUCCACCUGAUUUUCACCACCACCAUCAGCAGCACCAGCACCCGUCUGCUCAACCCCCUUUCUCCGGACAGCCGCCUUAUGAUGCUCAUGCCGACAGUUUUGCUGCAAAAAGGAUGAGGAAAAUUGGUCAAAGACGAGCAGUUGACUAUACAAGUACCGUUGUGAGAUAUGUGCAGGCACGCAUGUUCCAGCGAGACUCAAGGGAUAGAACAGUAUUGCAACCUAGCCCAGCAGCAGCUAUUGAUAUGUUGCCUACUGUAGCCUACGGAGACAACCCAUCCACUAGUUUUGCAGCAAAAUUUGUACAUACAUCAUUGAACAAAAACCGGUGUUCAAUUAAUCGAGUUUUGUGGACCCCAAGUGGGAGACGCCUUAUUACUGGAUCUCAAAGUGGGGAAUUCACUCUGUGGAAUGGCCAGUCCUUCAAUUUUGAAAUGAUACUACAGGCCCAUGAGCAAGCUGUCAGAUCUAUGAUAUGGAGUUAUAAUGAGAACUGGAUGGUCACUGGGGAUGAUGGUGGCGCUAUAAAGUACUGGCAAAAUAACAUGAAUAAUGUGAAAGCUAAUAAAUCUGCACAUAAAGAAUCAGUCCGUGGCUUAAGCUUCUGUAGGACAGAUUUGAAGUUCUGCUCCUGUUCUGAUGACACUACCGUUAAAGUUUGGGACUUCGCUAGGUGUCAGGAGGAGCGAUCGUUAUCUGGCCAUGGUUGGGAUGUAAAGUGUGUUGACUGGCACCCUACCAAGUCAUUGUUGGUUUCGGGUACGUGCUUAGGUCACUUAUACUUGAUAGCUCUCUAUUUCUGGAACUUUUUUUUCUUCUUUUCAAUGGGGAUCUUCAUAGGUGGGAAGGACAAUCUUGUCAAACUCUGGGAUGCCAAGUCAGGACGAGAGCUCUGUUCGUUUCAUGGUCACAAGAAUACGGUCCUUUGUGUGAAAUGGAAUCAAAAUGGCAACUGGGUUUUAACAGCUUCAAAGGAUCAAAUUAUCAAGCUUUAUGAUAUACGGGCCAUGAAGGAGCUUGAAUCUUUUCGUGGGCAUCGCAAGGAUGUCACUGCAUUAGCUUGGCAUCCAUUUCAUGAAGAAUACUUUGUUAGUGGAAGCUUUGACGGAUCAAUUUUCCAUUGGCUGGUGGGGCAUGAGACUCCCCAGGUUGAGAUACAGAAUGCGCAUGAUAACAGUGUUUGGGAUCUUGCAUGGCAUCCUAUAGGGUACCUUCUCUGCAGUGGUGGCAAUGAUCACGCUACAAAAUUUUGGUGCAGAAAUCGGCCUGGGGAUCCAAUUCGGGAUAAAUUUAAUUUAGGACAAAAUCAAGGUUUUGGGGAGCAAAAUCCUUCUAUGGGAGGCCGUGUGUCUGUUCCUUUCCCAAUGCCCGAGGUCCCCACGACUCCCGGACCAUUUGGGCCUGGGUUGACCCGUAAUGAAGGAACAAUCCCAGGCAUUGGAGUUGCUAUGCCACUUAAUAUUGCAUCUCUUGAUUCAGCCGGCCAAGACCAGAAGCCACCUAUAUCAGUUUCGAUGCCUGUAGGACCUCCUCCCUUGCCACCGGGCCCACACCCAUCCCUUCUUGGAAAACAACAAAAUGCUCAGCAACACCAGAAUUUACCCCACCAGAUGUCUUCUUCACUGCCAUUGCAGUCACCAAACAUACCUCAGAUGCAGCAGCAUUUACCGAUGUUACCACAUCCCCAUUUACCCCGCCCUCCAAAUGUCCCAACCUCAAUGCCCGGCCCAGUGGGUGGCAUGAAUCAAAUGGUACCUCCAUUGCAAGGCCACUUUAUGGGGAUGAAUCCGAUGCCUUCUGUAUCUGGAAAUAUGCAUCCAGGUUCCAAUACAAUGUAUCAACCAGGCGGGGGCUUUAACAGACCACAGGGAGGGCAGAUGCCAAUGAUACCAGGAAUGAAUCCUUACCAGUCUGGAAAUGGUAAUGCCCCUGGAGCUGGAAUGCCAUCGAGCUUUUCUGGGAUGCCUCCCCCUCUGCCUCCUGGCCCCCCACCGCACGGUCAACCUCAUCAGUAG